GUGCUGCGCCGCGCCGGAAGUGACGUCCAAUUUGUGAGCCGGGAGGCUUCCCUGUACGGAGGUGGUUCGUUGUGACUAGAACUCGGCUGGCUGGGAGGAAAGCUUUCUAUAAUAGGGUUUUGGAUAGAGCUGUGAAGAGACCCUCACUACAAUGACAAGUUUUACCGGGCUGGAGAUUGAUCUACUCCAAAUGGGGGAUGAAAAAGACACCUGGAAGGUAAAAACACUGGAUGAGAUUUUGCAAGAAAAAAAGAGGCGGAAAGAACAAGAAGAGAAAGGAGAUUCUAAACAUAGAAAUGCAGAUGAUCGAGAUUCCAAGAGAGAUUCCUUGGAGGAAGGAGAGCUGAGAGAUCAAAAAAUGGAGAUCACUAUUCGAAAUUCACCUUACAAACGAGAGGACUCAAUGGAAGACAGAGGCGAGGAGGAUGAUUCACUCGCUAUUAAACCACCACAACAAGUUUCCCGGAAAGAAAAAUCCCACCACAGAAAAGAUGAGAAGAGAAAAGAGAAGCGCCGACAUCGCAGCCACUCUGCUGAAGGAGCUGGAGGUAAAUAUGUUCGGGUGAAGGAAAAGGACAGAGAGCACGAGAGGAGAAAAAGACACCGAGAGGAACAAGAUAAAGUACGCCGUGAGCGCGAGAGACAGAAGAGGAGAGAGUUGGCCAGAGAGCAUUCCAGAAGAGAAAGGAUUAAAAAGAAAUUGCAGCGUGUAUGUGCGGGACUCAGUGGAGAAGAAUAUGAGAAUAGGUUGUGCAGCGAUGAGGAGGCUACCCAGCCAAGGGCUCAGCGGAACGUGGACAGGGAUCGAUUGGAACAAUUGGAACGGAAUAAAGAGCGUGAGAGGAAAAUAAGAGAACAACAGAAAGAACAGAGAGAGGCAAAAGAGAGAGAGAGGAGAGCAGAGGAGAGAAGGAAAGAGCGAGAGGCAAGGAGAGAAGGGCCGGAAGGAUCUGCGCUUCCUCAGCGCAGGAAGCCAGGGCUCUUGCAAGAGACUGAGAAAAUGCAGUACGAUGUACACUAUACAGAUUCAAGAAUAACUGUAGAGUUUAGCACUCAAACAACAGCUCAUCAUAGAACUGCCAGGGAGGAGCAUGGCGACAAAUCAAAAAGCAACUACCGUACUCGUAGCCCCAUGCGUCAGACACGUGAAAAGCUAGAAUCAGCAGAUGGAAGGAAGCAAGUCAAAGACGAAAGACCAGAUGUGAGGGAUCUUUUGUCUGACUUACAAGAUAUUAGUGACAGCGAGAGGAAGACCAGUUCUGGGGAAUCUUCUUCAGGAGGAUCUGCUUCGGGGUCUGAGGAGGAAGAAGAAACCAGCACUGAGGGGUCUGAGGAAGGCGAGGAGGAAGAGGAGGAAGAAGAGGAAGAGGAGGAAGAAGAGGAGGAAACUGGUAGUAACUCGGAAGCAGCCACAGAGCACAGUGCAGAAGAGGUCAGUGAAGAGGAGAUGAGUGAUGAAGAUGAAAGGGAAAAUGGAAAUCACAUACUUCUUGUGCCAGAAUCCAGGUUUGACCAUGACUCUGCUGGGAGUGAGGAAGAUGAGGAGGAAGAUGAUCUCAAGGAUGCGAGUCCCCAUUCCAAUGCCCAGACAGAUGGUGACUAUGUCCCUGAUUCUCCAGUUAUGUCUCCUGUAGAGCUGAAGCAAGAGCUUCCCAAAUAUCUUCCAGCACUACAGGGCUGCCGAAGUGUGGAGGAGUUCCAGUGCCUAAAUCGUAUUGAAGAGGGAACUUAUGGUGUUGUGUACAGAGCGAAGGACAAGAAAACAGAUGAAAUUGUGGCUCUCAAGAGACUUAAAAUGGAAAAGGAGAAGGAAGGGUUUCCUAUAACCUCACUUCGUGAAAUCAACACUAUUUUGAAAGCCCAGCAUGAGAACAUUGUUCGGGUCAGGGAAAUUGUUGUUGGAAGUAACAUGGACAAAAUCUAUAUUGUAAUGAACUAUGUGGAACAUGAUUUGAAGAGCCUCAUGGAGACCAUGAAACAGCCUUUUCUACCAGGUGAGGUGAAAACUCUAAUGAUCCAGCUGUUACGGGGAGUCCGCCAUCUGCAUGAUAACUGGAUUCUUCAUAGGGAUCUGAAGACCUCCAAUUUGCUGCUCAGUCAUGCUGGAAUUUUAAAGGUUGGGGACUUUGGUUUGGCCCGUGAGUAUGGUUCUCCUCUUAAACCUUACACCCCCAUCGUAGUGACUCUAUGGUACCGAGCCCCGGAGCUUUUACUUGGAACUAAGGAGUACUCUACAGCAAUAGACUUGUGGUCAGUAGGAUGUAUUUUUGGGGAGCUGCUGACCCAGAAACCUCUCUUCCCAGGCAAAUCCGAGAUUGACCAAAUUAAUAGGAUAUUUAAGGAUCUGGGAACACCUAGUGAAAAGAUUUGGCCAGGUUACAAUGAACUCCCUGCAAUCAAGAAAAUGACAUUUGCAGAUUACCCCUACAACAACCUACGGAAGAGAUUUGGAGCUCUCCUCUCUGACCAAGGAUUUGACCUCAUGAACAAGUUCCUGACUUACUGCCCAGCCAAGAGAAUUAAUUCAGAAGAUGGGUUGAAGCAUGAAUAUUUCCGAGAAACCCCCCUGCCAAUCGAUCCUUCCGUGUUCCCAACAUGGCCAGCAAAAAGCGAACAGCAGAGGGUGAAACGCGGCACAAGUCCUCGUCCUCCUGAAGGAGGCCUGGGCUACAGCCAGUUGGGGGAUGAUGACCUGAAAGACACCGGCUUUCACCUGACCACCACCAACCAGGGAGCAUCGGCUGCUGGUCCUGGCUUUAGCCUCAAAUUUUGAACCUGUCAGUGAACAGAACUGUUUUUUUCUAUAAUGAAAGAGUUGUGGGCGGCAGUUAAACUUUUAGUACAAAUGAACAAUUUGCAUACUGCACCUAACUCACAACAAUGCAGACUGUUGCUUUCCAAAGCAGGAACAUGAGACUUGAGCAAGGACUUGUAGUCUUAUUUAUUUUUCACACUUGUAUAUUUGUAGAAUUAAAAUGCAAUUUUUAACGGUAUAAUCUGUUUUGCUGCUUACGUUUAACUUUGGAUGUUAUUUUCAAGUGUAUGUGACCCGAGUCUGGUCAUGCUUGUGUCCUUCUCUACCCUCUAAGCCCACUCGUUCUACAUUUUCCAGUUCUAGUAUGUAGCCUAUUAAGGCUCCUUUCAUAUGGACUGUUUUGGCUCAGAUGAGUCUGAUGUCACAAAAUGCCAAAACAGUUGCAAUGUCCAACCUGCGGCCCAAGAUGGCUAUAAAUGCAACCCAAACUUAAAAAUGUUGGUGUUUUUUUUUUUUUUGGGGACAUUUUUGUAAAAAUGCAUUUACACUAGGUGAGCUUAUGCAACCGAAGAAAAAUUUGACAGUGUUUCUUUACUGGACUUUUAUAUUUUUAUCUUCCAUUGGAAAAAUAUCCCACUCAACAAUCACACCUUAUACAUGUCACCAGUUUUUGUCAGCACCUAUAUUUGUGAGCAGCUAUUUUCAAGGAUGAAUUAACGAAAGGCAGAAUUGGUACCAAAAUAUCUGAACACUUUGAGAAUUGUUACUGCAUUAAUUGAAUCAGGUAUUGAUGAGUUCGCUUAUCAAAAGAAAGCACUGUCAAAUAUCGCCCUAGUUGUAUGUGGCCCUCUUUUAUUUUUAUAAUAAAAAAUAUUACAAAAAAAAAGUUUUAUUACUCGGGUACAUGAUU